GUGUUCACAUGGGGUGAAUAUGACGUUCUCUAUGUUGCUCAGGACAAUGCUUCCAAUACAGCGGAAUGUACUUUCAAGAUUCAUGUAUCACGAGAACAUUGUCCACAGCUGGAGGAACCUUUGAACGGUGUGCAAGCAUGUGAAUCAUGGGGACCGCAGUUGCGAUACAAGGCUUGUUCAAUUGAAUGCCGCGAUGGCUACGAGUUUCCUCGACCACCCGCAGUCUUCUACACUUGUGCUGCAGAUGGCAUGUGGAGACCACGUCUCCGUAACCAGCUGAUAUUCCGCUAUCCACAAUGCACAAAAUCAGUGCCUGCAACCCGUGUGAUGCUAUUGCGAGUAUCGUAUCCAGGAUCGUCACCAUGUUCUGAAGCGAGUCGUGAUGCGUUAAGAACACGCUUGAUGGCCAGCAUCCAAACGAUAAAUCAAAAAUGGGAAAUAUGCUCUUUAACUGAUGCCAAUGGCUGCGUUGGUGCUCGGGUAGAUGUGGGAUGUUCAGACGAUUUCGCUCGAACAAAGAGAGAGUCGCCAUCCUUCAAAGUGCGGAUCGAAUUGCCGGUGAAGAGAGAUCCGAUACAAAACGCAGUGAGCGGGCAGAAGGCGAAGGUGGUGGAUGCACUCCAGAACGAAAUCAUCAACCAAGGCGCAUUUAACUUAGAAAAGGUGCUUCCAAACGGUCGUCCCGACCUGACAUCUUUCCAACUUUUGGAUGAGUUCCAUUGUCAGUCCGGACAAGUCACUGUUAAUGACGUGUGUGUGAGUUGCGAACCGGGCCACUUCUUCGACAUGUCGUCACUGAGGUGUGAACCGUGCGGAUUCGGAUUUUUCCAACCGCAAGCAGGAUCGUUUGAGUGUAUCGCUUGUGGCGUCGGCAAAACAACGAUGACUGAUAAAGCAACUAGCGAUGAAGAGUGCCGUGAUGAAUGUCCAGACGGAGAACAGUUAUCUUCAUCGGGCUCGUGCCAGUCAUGUCCGUCUGGCUCUUACCGCACCCGCGGUGAGCAUAAGCAAUGCGUACUGUGCCCUCCCGGAACUACCACUGAAUCUGUUGGAGCGAUUCGUCGUGAGCAGUGCAACACACCUUUAUGUAAAGCUGGACAGUUUUUGGUGAAGGAAACGAAACACUGCCAGUUCUGUCCUCGUGGCACAUUCCAAGAUGAGGAACAACACACAACUUGUAAAAUGUGCCCAACUGACCACACAACAGCAGCCCAAGGAGCGACAGCGGAGUCACAGUGCUAUUCAACGACACGGGGACGGUUGGGGAAUGGAGUUGUCCCAGUGCGCGGCGCGGCCAUGAUUGGCGAACAAUUGCUGCUACUUGAUCUCCCAGAUGACAACGAUGUGCCGUCGUUCCAAUGCAAAUGCAAGCCCGGUUACCGCGGUAAUGGCACGUAUUGCCAAGAUGCCUGCACUAAUUACUGCCUCAAUGACGGAGUUUGUAAGAAAAAUCCGGUGGGCUAUGUGGAAUGCGCCUGUAAGGAGAACUUCAGCGGUGAACGCCUUACAAGUAUACUCUACAUUACAGAAGCACCGCGUCCGAUAGGGUUCUACUAUGAAGAUGAUGAGGAGUAUGAGUCGAAGACGAUGUACGUGACUCGCGAUGAGGAAUCAAAAGAGGCAGAACAACGCCGUCGGAUCGCCCAGCAGCACAUGUAUCGCCCAGGGCAGACAGAAUAA